ACUUGAGUCCAGAGUUCAGAGAAAAAGUAUCAUUAAACGAGACCAGGAGUUAGGAGUUCAUCUUAUUCUUAACUAAACAAAGACAAUGGAGGCACAACCCCUUCACCUCAAACGUGAGCUGGGCUUGGGGGGUGGGAUCGCCAUGAUCAUCGGCACCAUGAUUGGAUCCGGCAUUUUUGUGUCCCCUGGUGGCGUAUUGCAAAGAUCAGGUUCUGUGGGAGCAUCACUUGUGAUCUGGUUGGUUUGUGGAGUGUGCGCAACUUUGGGUGCCAUGUCCUACAUCGAGUUGGGAACGAUGUUCCCAGCCAGUGGUGCGGAUUAUAUCUACCUGAUGCAGGGUUUGGGGCCCUUUGUGGGUUAUUUGUAUUCGUGGAUGAACACAUUCGUUCUACGUCCAGUUCAGGGUGCAGUUAUUUGCCAGGUGUUUGCUCUCUACCUCCUUCAACCAUUCUACAAUCAUUUCGGAUCGCACACUUUCACCGAAGACCUUAAGUGGAACUUGGAAAAAGGUGUCACGAUUCUGGCUCUAAUUGCGCUCUGUGUGAUCAAUUGUUGUAGCGUCAAAAUGGCCUCUUGGCUGCAAAAUGUGCUGACAGUGGCCAAACUCAUUGCGAUUGCGCUAAUUGUUGCCGGUGGAACCUACCACAUAGCCAUGGGAGAAUUUGAAUACCUAGAGCAAGGUUUUGAUCGGGUUCCCAAUACCACUGACAGCGCAAGUUCCAUUGCUCUCGCAUUUUAUUCGGGUCUUUGGUCUUACGAUGGAUGGAACAACUUGAACUUCGUCAUGGAGGAACUUCAAGAUCCAUUGAGAAAUUUGAAUCUAUCGAUCUUGAUUGGAAUCCCCCUGGUGACAGUGAUUUACGUCUUGGUGAAUAUUGCGUACUUGACUGUAUUGAGCCCUUCUCAGGUCCUACGAUCUGACGCAGUAGUGGUCACGUGGGGCCGCCUGUUCUUUAAAGACACGUCCUACGAAUUUCUGGGGGAAUAUGUCCCUUGGGUGGCUAGUGGCUUUGUGGCCUUAUCCACUUUUGGAGCUGCCAAUGGCACCCUAUUCGGAUCAUCUCGCGUAUCCUUCGCUGCAGCCAGGGAAGGACAUCUCCCGGAAAUACUCUCGUACAUUCACUCCAAACAACGGACACCAAUACCCUCUUUGAUUCUGUUUACAAUCAUGGCAAUUGGACUGGUGUUGACCAGUGAUACAUACACCAUGAUAGACUUCUUCAGUUUCGUGGCCUGGAUGUUUUAUGGAGGGGCCUUCUUGUCAGUGAUUACUCUGCGAUUCACUGGAGCAAAAUUAGAGAGACCGUUUCGGGUAAGGGUGUCACAAACUUCAGUUAUUAUUGUUUGCGGUUAUUGAGCACUCCAGUGCAUUAUUUGUUCGAAAAAAUGAGAAUUUCAUGUCGACGAAUGAACAAGAAAUUAAAAAUGUCUGUCUCUUUUAUCAGAUUUGGAUUGU